GUGAUCUGCUGAUUUUCAGAAGAAAGUAAAACUCGACAAAACAUAACAAAAUGUCCAAUAAACUAGCAUUUAUCGUAUUUACAACUGUAGUUUUAUACCAUGUAGAAGCUCUUUUAUACAAGGAUUGUGGAUCUGCUGAAGGUAAAAUAUUGAAAGUGUCAGCAGAUGUCUGCCCUGGAAAUACACCACCCUGCAUGUUGCCAAGGGGACAGAAUGCAACAAUCACUAUGGACUUUUCAACAAGCGUUGAUGUUAAAAGAAUUACUGCUGUCGUACAUGGUGUUAUAGCUGGUAUUCCUGUUCCAUUUCCAUUGAGCAACCCAGAUGGCUGUAAAGAUUCAGGACUAGUCUGUCCAGUUAAGAGUGGAGCACAGGACGUGUAUAAGUCAACUAUAGCUAUCAAAAGUAUAUACCCACAGAUCAAGCUUGUUAUCAAAUGGGAACUAAAAGAUACAGACACGGGAAAAACCAUCACCUGUUUUGUAAUGCCUGCUCAACUGAAAUAAUCAAAUCCAAAACAUGCCAUCAAUCCAUCAAUUUUGCUUCAAUAGAUUAUGAGGGCAGUUUAUGGUCCUCACAAUACAUAGGACAAUAGAACAAUAGGACAUUUCUGGAUCCCACUUUAGGAAAACUAUCAAACUUACCAAGACAAUGCUUGCUCAACUAUAUACAUAGUUAAUCGAUUUAAGAGUGACUGUUUGCAUUGCCUACUGCAAUUGAAAUCACUUAUAAUUGUACAUAGUUAAAGUGGCAUUGAAGAAAAGAGAGUUCAAAAAUCUUGAAAUAUCAGAAUUUCUCAGAUUUUUUAAGAUAAAUUUUGGAUCAGAAGAGGCACAUUGCCCCUUUGUCAAAAUCUAUGCUUUGCAGUCACUUUGACUAUUUUGUAGAAUAUGUACAACUUAUUAGGACACUAACGAGCCCAUAGGCCAAUCAUACUGUGUCAAGUAGAAUUUCCAUUUAUGCAGAAUUUUGUACAAAAAGAGGCUUUAUAAUUUCUUGGGAUAAGAGGAGGAAUAACCCCAGAG